AUGAGAGGAUGGGAGUGGUUGUUGUUGAGCCUCUUCGUUCUGAGGAUGGUUCACUCGGAGGGAGCAGAUUUAGCGACGAAAUGCAACAUAGUGGUUGAGAAGGUGAUUCCGUGUUUGAACUUUGCAACGGGACAGGUGGCGGUUCCGACGAAGGAUUGCUGCGAGGCAACGUCGAAGAUAAAGGAGAGUGAUCCAGAGUGUCUGUGCUAUGUCAUUGAACAGACACAUAAAGGCAAUGCAGAGGUGAAAAGCAUGGGUAUUCAAGAGGAUAGGCUCCUUCAGCUCCCUUCUGCUUGUAACUUGAAGAAUGCCAGCGCCACCCACUGUCCCAAGCUUCUGGGUCUAUCUCCAAACUCCCCUGACGCUGCUAUCUUCAUGAAUGCUUCGUUGGGAACUAGUCCCUCUUCAACACUCGUCUCAGAGAACCACAAUGGCUCCAAUGGAAGCAUGCUUAGGCCUUUUCUUAUGCCAUAUCUAAUAUUAGCAUUAUUCUCCUUGCUAUGA